AUGUCUUUGAAAAAUUUGGCUGAAAAGUACGCUGUUGUCACGGCCGAGAGAAGUCACGGUGACCACGAGCCCCACGUUUGCCGAGUGUGCUCGAAAUGUUUUACUCGAAAAAAAACUCUAGUGAGGCACGAGAAGGCUCAUACGAGUGAUAGGCCCAACAUCUGCCAAGUAUGCUCGCCAUGUUUAACUAAAAAAUCGGAUCUCACGAGGCCCAAGCAGACCCAUGAGGCUAAAAAUCCUGACAAGUGCAAACACUGUUCGAAAAGUUCAACUAGUAGAUCUAGUCCUACGAUGCCCGAGCAGACUCACUUUGGUGACAAGCCCAACGUCUGCCUAGUAUGUUUGCAAAGUUUUACUCAGAAAUCGGAUCUUUCGAGGCAUGAUUCAAGUUCCAUAGAUGAUACAUUUGUCUCCCAAAUGUGCCCACAAAAUGUAACUCAAUCAUCGUGCGAGCGAACCCACACGGGCAGUUCAUCAGAUGCAAGUUCGGUGCUACCCUCAUUUUCGAGUUCUUUCCAAAGUGAAUUUUAUAAUUGA